ACAGGGUACCUACUCAGUAAACAUGGGCCAGAUACUGGGAUUGACAAACAAAGAGGAGGAAAAUAUGCAUUUACAUUGUCUCAAAACAAGGAAGUGAAUUGCCCAAGGUCACACUGGUUUCCGAGGAGGCAGAGUCAGAACUGGAACAGAAACUGGGCUGCUCCUGAGAGCUGCCUGGCAUCCCCUAACUUCAUGAUCCAGAGGUGUCACCCUCUGGAUUUGGGUGUCCCAUGAGGUGGAGGCAGUGUGUGUGGGGUCUGCUGAGACUCAGAUCUGGUCUGAAAGGUCCCAGACCCUGGUGUCUCCUCGACCACCCUCAGGCAACACAGACUGUGGCUGCAGAGGAAACUGUGAGUUGUCACACAGAGCUGGGAUCUUCUCACACCCCAUGUCUCUCUGUCCAGCUGAACCCUGUGGACUUCAUAUACCAUCUGCCCCCAAGUGAGACCCUGGGAGACACGUCAUGACACUGACCUUCAUUGCUCUUCUCUGUCUUGGGCUGCGUUGGGGCUCGUGGGACCAGGUCUGGGCAGGUGUCCUCCCCAAACCCUCCAUAUGGACUGACCCAGGCCCCAUGGUCACCAAGGGGAGCUCUGUGACCAUCUGGUGUCAGGGGUCUCUGCAGGCAGAUGCCUACAUUUUGUAUAGACACAGGGGCUCUCAGCCCUUGAAUAGAAGGAUCCCACAGGACUCCAGCAACAAGACCGGGUUCCUCAUUCAGUCCAUGAGCUCUGAGUACACAGGGCUGUACCAGUGUGCAUACAGCACUGGGGAAAGGCUGUCUGAGAGGAGUGAGCCCCUGCUCCUGGUGCUGACAGGUAAAGAGAACCCAAGACUUCUCUCCACUGUGCACUCCUCCACAGAGCAUUGUGUGUAUAGGGAGCCCUUGCUAUUGGCCAAACCGGGCCCUCUGGUGCUGCUUGGAGACAGCCUGACCCUCCAGUGUCACUCAGAGCCUGGCUUUGACAGAUUCACUCUGACCAAGGACGAGGGUCCCACUCUCCACCAGAGUCUCCAUGGGCAGCACAGCCCCAAUUUCCCCCUGGGCCCUGUGAACCUCUUCCAUGGGGGCCAGUACAGGUGCUACAGUGGACACAACCUCUCCUAUGGAUGGUCAGCCCCCAGUGCCUCCCUGGACAUCCUGAUUGCAGAGGAGCUGAGAGAGGUCACAGACAGUGUCCCUGGGGAAGAUACAUGGUCUCUCAGCUCAGGGACAAGGGUAUGUAGGGAGUGUGACCCUAACAUCACAGUCCUCCUCUCCCCAGGAAUGUACCGGAAACCCUCCCUCUCUGCACAGCCAGGGCCCUCAGCGCCCUGUGGAGCAAACGUGACCCUGCAGUGUCGAUCUGAGGUCAGGGCUGACACCUUCCACCUGCACAGGGAGGGGUCCCUGGAUCCUCCCCAGCAGCUUCAUCUGCAGGAUACAGCUGCUCCCUCUCAGGCCAACUUCACCAUCAGCCCUGUGACCUCGGGCCACCACGGAACCUACAGGUGCUACAGCUCACACAGCUCCUCCCCCUUCCUGCUGUCACAGCCCAGUGACCCCCUGGAGCUCCUGGUCUCAGCUUAUCAACCCCAAGACUACACAGUGGGGAACCUCAUCCGCUUGGGUGUGUCUGGCUUGAUCCUCAUGGUCCUCGGGGUGCUGCUGUGUGAAGCUUGGCACAGUUGGAGAAGACCCCACGUUGCAGCCAGGAGUUGAACACAGGAAACAGUAAACCCACCAGUCAGUGAGGCAGAGCCUGGAGAAGAGUCUGAUGACCCCAGGAAGCUCUGGAGGAAACUGUGGGUGCCCCUGGGAAAGAGUCUGCUGAGAAUGUGGAGGGUGUGGGCGUGGUUCCCCUGCAGGGAGAGGCGGGGCUGGGGCUGGGGCUGGAGAGGUUUCCCCACAGUUAGACUGUGGGCGUCUCCCCUCACUGCACUGCUGACCUUCCUUGGCUGCGCCUCUGUUCUCCUCCGUGUGACCUGGGGCUCAGCCCACAUCACAGGUUCAGAUCCACCCCUGGGCUCACCCUCCAUCUCUGGUCCACUUUCCUGUAGGACAUUUUUCUCAUUUUUAUUGUCCAAAUUCAUGCAUUUUGGGUCUCUUUUGGUCAUAUUGGUGAGUCGCACAAUCUGUUUUAAACAACUGAAUAAAUGGAUAAAUAUCAAAAAUA